AUGGCUUCCAAUACCUUUAGUUUCUUCUUCUUCUUAUUUGCACUCAUGUUUUUCUCUAAUAACAUUGCUUGUCAUGCUAAUCGUCGGCUUUUAGAAGAUGCGGAAUCAUUUCCUAUUCCAGAAUUACCACAACUACCCCCACUCCCAGAAAUACCGACUUUACCAAAACCUGAAUUACCACCUUUGCCAGAGUUGCCAGAUUUACCUAAACCUGAAUUACCAACCAUACCGGAAAUCCCAAAACCAGAGUUACCACAUUUUCCAAAAGUUACAAUCCCAUCAAAGACCGAAGAAAUACAGAAGCCUGAGGAGUCAUCACUCCCUGAACCUGAAUUACCAACUUUACCAAAGUUUGAGUUACCACCAUUACCAGAACUCCCAACUCUGCCAAAGAUUACAUUGCCAGAGAUACCAACUUUACCAAAGCCUGAACUUCCUACAUUCCCAUUCAUACCUCCUAAAGAGACUAGUCCAUAGAUUGGCGCUUUCCCAUGCAAGUAUAUAUUAUUUUCUACCAAAGGGCUUUGCCAUCUUGAGCAUAUGCUUAGGAGUUCAUGGUCUAUGUUAUUAAUUGUUCUAGUGUUUGAGUAUGUUCUACAUGUCUUGUUUACUUGUGUGAUUAAUUAUGCCACAGUUGUAUGUCAUGAGUUCCAUUGUUUACCAUCUAUUUAUAUGAAUGGAUUUGAAUCUUAUGUGAUUUGGCA